GGAUUAGGGCCUCACGAAGAAUAACAUCUAACAAAAUGAAGAUGCUACUUCUGAUAUCGGUGCUAGCGUGCGGGUAUGCGGCUAAGCUGGACCGCACCUACCUGCCCCCGCCCGGCGCCGCCACGGCUGGUGGAAGCCCCGGCGCCCUCAACGCACCUUCAGGCCCAGCAUCCGGGCCUUCUGGCUUCGGACAGUCUGCAAAUCUAGCUCAGGGAACCUUUGAACAGAGCCAGCAAAGCUUUGGACUCAACCAGCCUGGGAAAGGAUUCAACCAGCCUGCCAACAACUACGGGCAAGCUGCUCAGCCUCAAGGUCAACCUGGGUUUGGAGCGCAGCCCCAGAAGCUGACUCAGGGACCGUCAGCUGGCCAGGCUUCUUACGGAGCUGCCUCUGUCCAGGGAUCAGUUGAAAGUGCUGGCUUUGGUGCUUCAAGCAACUUUGGUGCUGACCAAGGGUUCGCCAAGCAGACCACCCAGCCCGAGCGCCCUCAAGCCGCCGCCGACCGCUCCGCUGAAAUACUGAAGCUGGUCAACGAAAACGAUGGAGAAAACUUCUCUUACAGCUUCGAGACAUCCAACGGUAUUUCUGCUGAAGAAAGUGGUGUGGCCACCAACGGAGUGAUGGCUCAAGGUGCUUUUGCCUACACCGGUGAUGAUGGUCAGUCGUACAGAGUGACUUACACUGCUGACGAGAACGGAUACCAGCCCAGAGGUGACCACCUGCCGACCCCGCCGCCCAUUCCAGAGGAAAUCUUGAGGUCCAUUGAAAAGAACGCCGCCGCUGCCGCCGCUGGAACUCAAGAAGGUGCUUACCGAGAGGAAGAAAACGUGCCAGUUCCUCAGCAAUAUAACGCCCAGCAGAACGCGGCCUCAGCUACUCAGUACAACGCCCAGUCAAACUUCGGCUCUUCUCAACAGUACAAUGCUCAACAGACUGCUGGACAGUACAACGCCCCAUCUUCAGCCUACAGCCAAGCUCCUCAGAACAAUUACAACAAACCAUCUGGCUCUGCAACAAACGGAUUCUCCGCAUCUGGUUCCGGACAGAACAGUUUCAGCCAGACCGGUUCCUCUCAGUCUGCAUUCGCUCCCUCAGGCUCUGCUUCGUCUGGCCCAGCUCAGUCUUCGUUUGCACCUGCUGGUCCCGCUCAGAAUGCAUUUGCCCCAUCCGGCUCAGCCCAGUCUUCAUUCGCUCCCUCUCGUCCUACUCAAAACGCGUUUGCUCCUUCUGCUCAAUACAACCAAGCCCAAACCCAGGGAUUCAAAAAACCUACUGCCCAGAACACUUUCGCUGCUCAGCAGCAGGGAGCUUCCGGUUAUGAAUACAACCGACCGGGAUCUUCCCAAGAUUCGUUCCGUGGCCCUUCUCAGUCCGUUGCACCUGCUGUUGAAACCUUCGCACCAGGACAGCAGACAUUCGGUGGCCGUGCGCCCGCACCUUCAAAACUGACGUCAGCUGAAGGCCCCAUUUCUAGUCGCCCAGCCGGCCCGGCCCAGGGUUCUUUCAACGGCCAGCAGCCAGCCAACAAUGGAUUCCAGGCCAGACCUGCUAGCCAAGGUUUCGCCCAGAAUGCCCAGCAGCAAAGCUCAAUGAUAUCUCAGUACCAAAGUGCUCCGUACCAGUACGACCCACCGAAACAGCAAUACCGCCCUGCAUCAGGAUCGUCCUCGCAGCAGACUGCUGGCUUCAACGCACCAGCUCAGUUCAACCAAGGGCCUCAGGGCGGGCAGACGUUUGGAGCACCACGACAGCCGCCCAGCUUCAGCCAAGAGGAAGGUUACAAAUACUAAACA